GACGAUCUGGUGUUAUCACGAUUAUAGUAGGCGGUGAAAUAUGGCAAAAUAGCUAAUGCAAUUAUAGAGCUACGGAGCUUCGCUGGUCUCACCACUAACAAUCGAUACGACCGAACGAGAAGUUACCUAAGGUACGGUCGGUAGCUCACAAUCUUCAACAUAUAGAGAGCAUGUAAUGCUAAAGCGACAAAUAAAAAAUACUAUCAUAUCCCGUCGACUUCGACUUCCAACAUUCUCUCCCCGCCAACCGUCGACAGUCCAUGGCCGCCGCAAUGGCAGCUCAACAGCCCCCGAUAGCCCCCGGCGGCAGCAGUAGUCGCAGUACGGGGAAUAACAAUAGGGGGACAGAAGAUAUAAGCCUGUCGGUGCCUUCCCGCAACCCGCUGCCGCUAUCAGCGAGUCAAGAGGCGCAGGUUCGAGAGGUGUUCAACCAGCGCGUGCGAGACCAAUGCGCAGACGAGAUUAAAGCCUUUGCAGACUGCGCGCGCAGCCGCACGCUAACGAUCGCCUUCGCGUGCCGGGACGCCUCGCGGCGCAUGAACGGGUGCAUGCUGACGCACGCGACGCCCGAAGAGCACGACCGCGCGCGGGAGCAGUGGUUUGCGCAGCGGCAGCAGCGGGCUCGCGAGCGCGAGCAGAAAGAGCGCCGGAAGCUCGAGCAGGAGGCUUUCCAUCGCGAGUGGUGGGGCUUGCCGCGGCGGGACCCCGAGGAUGUCAAGAAAGAGCUGGAGAAGCUGGGGAGGGCCGAGAGGAUCGGCGGGCAGACGAGGAGGAGACCGGCGGGGGAGGAGGAGGGGGAGGGGAGGCGGUGAGAGGAGGAUGUUUAUGUGUAUAGGUACGUGGUGUAUAUGCAUCUCCGGCGUUCACUGGCGGGAUAAACUUGUUAAUGAGUUCGGGGUUUGAUUCCAAGAUGGCUUCUCUGCGACGUUUUGUGUACCUCGUGAAAAAAAAGAAAAGGGGGUAAUAGACAA